AUGGCUUAUUGUUAUUAUUGCCGUCAUUUUUCUUGUAAUCGAUCGAAUAAUCACGAUGCUUUUACCACAACUGGAUUCAAUAAUUGGAAGCGAGCUUUGGAAGCUACUGGCGGUCUACUGAAAUAUUCUCAAUCGAAAUUACACGUAACCUCUACCAAAAACUACGAAUCAUAUGUUUCGCAACGACAAAGUAACGCCAAUGUUAUGAAUAAAUUAGAUCCUAGUCGAGUCAUUCAUAUUCGUAAAAAUCGUGAUCGUCUUAUAAAAAUAUGUUCAACAAUACAUUUUUUAGCAUGCCAAAUGAUUAGUUUUAGAGAUCACAGAGAAAAUUCUCAGUAUGUUUUCUAA